AUGAGUCAAGAAUUUCCUUGCCGCGGCUCGUGCUGUUCGGUAGCGCCCAACUUGCCGUUACUUCCACAUCCACGCACGCACAUUCAUAUCAUGGCCAUCAGCAAGGGAGACACGAUACCAUCCGGCGAAUUCGCUUAUGUGCCCUAUACCGGCACGGACGACCCCAAGGUCUGCGGCAACCCCUCCAAGCUCUCCACGAGCUCGUGGAAGGGUAAGAAGGUCGUCUUGUUUGGCGUGCCCGGUGCUUUCACCAAAGGCUGCUCCGAGCGCCAUCUGCCAGCCUUUGUAUCCGGUGCAUCCGAGCUUAAAGGCAAAGGUGUAGACACUAUUGCCUGCUUAGCCACCAAUGACAUGUUCGUUCAAUCAGCUUGGGGAUCGGUUCACCAAGUCGGCGACAAUGUGCUCAUGCUGAGCGAUUCCGGUCUGACUUGGCUCAAAGAAGCCGGUCUCACCGUAGACCUGUCUGCCGUCGGUUUCGGUGUCCGCUCGGCGCGGUUUGCAAUGAUCAUCGAUGACCUCAAAGUCGCCUACAUUGGCGUCGAAGAUUCGCCCAGUGAUGUCAACGUGUCUUCGAAAGAAGCCGUCCUUGCUCAUCUAUAG